UUUAGAGUUUAUUUGGAUAUGUACGACAAUACCCUUGGUAUUCAGGGAAGAGGAAAUAAUAAAUCUAUUUCAUCUCCAGGAGUUUCUGCUCUCUUUGGAUCUUAUCCUACCCCUCACAUAAUACUUCAUCGAAUCUCCAAAUCCUUCCUAUUUCAACUUCAACUCAUAAGCCUGAACCCCCAAAGGCUAAGCAGAAGCCUUCAUUUCCUCAAAUGGCAUUUGAAGGACCAUCUAAGGUAGAGGAUGUGCCUACAGUAACUCAGGCAAGAUUGGCUUACAGGAAGAAACAGCUAGAGACUCAUCCUUCUCCUCAGGAGAUUGCUGAGACAGUAAACUCAGGUAUCGAGAAAAACAAGGCUGAACUUCGUACACUUGUUCAUUAGCAAACCAGAGCUAUGAAAACAGAUUUGAAGACUCAGGUUCAUGUAAAGGAGUCCUUCCAGAAACUUGAAAAAGACUCUCACAGAGCCCAGCACAAUGCUGAUACAGGGUUUGAGUUCGAGUGGUAUCAGAGGUAUCCCAGGAUGCAGCAACAAAACAGGGAUAUUAGAAAUAUUCAGAAGGAACAAAGAUUCCAUGAUAAACAGAGAAUCCAGCAAGCUGCUCUUGAAGAGAAGAAGAAACCUCCAAGUGUUCUCAGCCCUCAGGAAUACGAUAGGAUUGCGAAGGAAAGCAAGCAAGAAUUAUAUGAGGCUAAGACAGAGAUGCAGAAGUCUUUGAAAAAGGAUUAUGAUACGACCCUCAAGAGUUCCAAAACAGCUUCUGCUCUUGCUAAACAACAGAAGAUUCAGGAAGAAAAUGCUCAGUUGGAAAGAACUCGUAAGAAUAUUCAAGCAGAAAAAUUCCACUUAGGACAACAAAAGAGACAAAGAAACCUUGAGAUGAAUCAAGCCCUUAACUCUGUUGACACCAAAAAGAGAGCUGAAUGGAAAGACAAAGUUAAUGAUCAUUCAAACCAAGAGUUGACUGAAAAACUUCAACAUGAGAAACAAAGAUUAGUGGAUGAUCUUGCCAAUGAGAGAUCAAAGAUGAAGCAAGAUUACUCACAAUCUUUGUCAAAGCAAUCCUAUCAUAAUAAAGAAAAGAAGCUCAGAGAUAUCAAAGAGCAAAAAGCUGGUUAUAAAGGCAUCAAUUUUGAAUGCUACGCUAGAGACAUCGUUAUGAGGAAAGAGAGACUCAAUGCUAAUGAGUACAAUAAGGUCAAGAGAGUCAAGGAUAUUUGGAAUAAGGCGAUUGAAAAAGAAGAAAUCAACAGACCUCCACCAACCCUUGAGCAAGAAGCUAUGAAGAGAAGCACUAGAUUCCAUUAAGGAAUUGUCA